GAACCGGUCCAGCCAGCCCGGCCCAUGGAGUAGGUUCCGGUAACCCCUUCUCCCCUUCCACCCCGCUCUGUUCCGCCCACCGACCCGACCGCCGCCGCCUGCUGCGGCUCGUCGCCGGCGAGGUGCCACCCCCACCGAUUUCCCAGUCUUCCAUUGCCGAGUGGCACCGCCCUCUUCCACGUCCUCACCUCUCGGGCAAGGCUCCCGCGGGUCGAUUCGUUCCCUCCGCAAUUGGUGACUGCGGGCGAGGUCGAUCCACCGGAGCUGCGGGGGUCGGCUGGACUGAGGAGCCCCCAUGCCGGACGUGAAGGCCCCCGCUGCCGCGGCCGCCGCCGCGGGCGCCAAGGCGGCGGCUGGUGACGCGCCUUCCCCUGCCGCCGCUCCCGCUCCCGCUCCGGCUCCGGCCCCCGCGGCCGCCAACGGCAAUGGAACGCCGCAUAAGCCGCCUCCCGUCCCCGCCGCGGCCUUCGACAUGCCCAAGCCCAACCUCCGGGGCCUUAACAAGCCAAAGUGCAUCCAGUGCGGCAACGUCGCCCGCUCCCGGUGCCCAUUCCAGUGCUGCAAGGCCUGCUGCUACAAAGCCCAGAAUCCUUGCCACAUUCAUGUUCUGAAGCAGGCCAACACAUUGCCAGACAAGCCAUCACCUACUACUGCUCCUUUGACAGAACAGCCAUCUACCAAUUUACCUGCAACCGGUUCAGCGUCGAGGCUUGCUUGCUUGCAGAAGCUUCCCCACCAUUUUCUGAAUUCUCUCCGAACAAAAAAGUCGCUUGCCAAAAAGGAUGUUGCGAGCAUAAACAAGUGGAGAUUUAUGAAGUUAAAGGAACAUAUGCAAGGAGAUAUUGAUGCUGAAAAUGAAGCAUAUGAGAGGUACACACAGAAUGUUGGGCUCCUGGAGGAAACAUUCUGUCCCAUGGAAGAUGAUGCUGAUGAAUCUGAAGCUGAAGCAACUUCUUCAGAAGAAGAAAGGAUGGACCUGUUGGUUUCGGAGGCAAUGGUGAGGUUGAAGUCGGAUAACGAAAAUGCAGAUAGCUUCAAGGAGAGGGUUGCCACUAUCUUGGAUGAGAAGCUGAAGAAACUGCAAGAGAGUCAAAGUGCCUAUGAGGAUGACAAACCAUCUGAUCAGGAUCAAGAUGAUCAUACAACCCCAGUGAAGUUUAGUGCAAAGCAGAAGAUGGAGAGAGCCGCAAAAUUUAGUGAGCUGCUUGGUAAGAUGACAAGAGCACGGAGCGAGGAUGAUUUGAAGCCUUGCCGUGAUCUUAUCGAGCAGCUGUUUGGAAAGGAGAAUGGUGCCUCCAUGGGCGAGUCAAACAGAAUGGAGACGGAGCCGAGCGGCCAGGAGUCAACUGCUGCAGCAGCAGCACAGCCGCAUUCCUUCCCAGAGCUGUGCACUAGGAUAGAAGUUGGCGAGGACUUUGCCUCCAACCUCGAUGCUGAAUUCUCUUCUUUGAGCGAGGUUGCGCAGCUAUGAAUCUGAAACCUGGGUGGAUCCCUAUGCCACUGUUCAAGAGGGGGAGUGUUGCCACCGAGCUACUUUGCUGCGUCUAACUUGACAGUGUAAUUCGUAGGUGUGUAGUGACCGGUCAUUUAGUGUAAACUAGUGUUUAGCUGUUUGCAGGGAAAGCCAAAACAGUUCGGCGUCAGUUAGAGUGAUGCUGCGGUUCGCGGUUCAUAUACUCUGUUUUCUUGAGCUGUGUUUGUUCUGGUACAUGAACAUGAAGCAUGAAUGGAAUUGUUGUCUCGGUUAAAAUAGCAA